AUGUCUGUAUUAUCCAAUCAAGGCGGUAAAAAACAUUUUAACAGUAAUCAGGGUCAAUCAUGGCGAAUAUUUGGUGAAGACGAAGAAGGCCGAGAAAAUAUUCCCAUUCAAACUCCUCAAAAUGAAAAUUUUAAUACAGCUGAUUCGACAGAUGAUGCUGCCUAUGGGAAAGCUCGAUCGUUGAAGCCAACCCCUCGUACAUAUAACAUUUUGUAUCAUGGUGACGAGCCAAAAACUCAAUCCCGUUCAGGGGCACCUUCAGCAGAGCCCAUGAGAGCACCAUCAUCUGAACCCAUGAAAGCACCUUCAGCCGAACCCAUGAGAGCAGAUAAUCCACCAAGCAAUUUUGUCAAUCCAAAAUUGCAAUCGAUGAAGCCCACUCCUCGUACCUAUAAUAUUUUAUAUCAUGACGAUAGCGAAGAAAAUCCUACCCGUCAAAUAAACUCCAAGCCUGCAACGAAUCCAGUAGAAGCACCUCAACCAGCCACGGGUAGAUUGCAAUCGAUGAAGCCAGCGCCGCGCGAUUACAAUAUUUUAUUUCACGUCGAAACAACACCCAUGAAUCCUUCAAGUGAAAAUAUAGAGAGUGCAUCUGCUAUGGAUCAAAAUGCAGCUAUGGAAGGUGGUUCAAUUUACAACGAUUCUAUGCCGCAGCAAUAUGCCACUCAAGUUCCAAAUGCACAGGAAGAAAAUUUUUCAGUAGAACAGCCCGAUGUGGAGCUACCCCUUGCAGAAAGAUCAUCGUCUAUAAAUGAUUUUCGUGAUCCGAUUUCCAUUAAUGAUGAAUUAACAGCUCGACAAACACCUAAAAAAACUGGAAAGCUAUGCGGAUAUAAUCAAGGGCCAGCCACUAUGGGAAUAGUGCCAGUAACCAAUAUAUCGAAUAGGAGAAAUUCUGCUGAAGGUCGAAAGUUGUUGGAGAAAAUCUCUUUUGAACAUAACAUGGAUUCACGUCAGGAACCAAUGCAUUCAGAAAGGGGAAAGUUCACAUUUAUGCGUAGAGAAUAG